CGGCUUCACAGUAUCAGUUGAAGUUGAUUCCCGGUAUAGAGUGGUUGUGUUUAUGUGAGUUGUAACUCGUGCAAUAUUAUUAUUUUUAUUUUGUGCAAGUGUAGCUUUCUGAUUAUGUUAAUUAUUAACUUCACGUGUUUCUUUUGUGUUUAGUUUUGUUUGCUAUUGUUUUUUUUAAAUAAAUUAUCGUUUAAUUAAUGAGCUAAAGACGUCAUCGGACCUUUCUGGAGUGAAAGGAAUAUCUAAUCGUGCCCUGGAGUGCUGGAACAUCGUGACCGGUGUUGCCGUAAUUAAUUGUAAUUGAAAUAACUAGAUUCCGGUUACAAAUAUCGAAUUUGGGUAGAAGAUUGAUCAAUGGCGAAAAUCACCUCAGUACAAUUUCAUUAUUUAUAGACCAUUAGUGCGAUGAGCUAGAAUGAACGGUAGAUUAAAUUGAACCACGAUAAUCUUGUGGCACCAAAAGUAUCUGGAGGCGUGGUCCUGUGAAGAGUUACGUUAUGUCACUAUUGCUGACCCGAGGGGCUCGUAAGGGCCCUGUUCUCUGUUUCUGCGCCUUUAUUUUUCUCUUUGUACUUUAUGAGCUUGGAAUCAUAUGUGGUAAUCAUAAAGAUCAACCAACUUCACUCAUGGUAGCUAAAGAAAAAUAUGUCGUUGGUGAACAGGACAAAAAAGCAUAUACGUAUGACAGAAAUAUGCCAUUAAUAUUCAUCGGUGGAGUACCCAGAUCAGGCACCACUUUAAUGCGAGCUAUGUUAGAUGCUCAUCCAGACGUUAGGUGUGGUCAGGAAACACGAAUUAUACCUCGAAUACUACAAAUGCGUUCGCACUGGCUAAAAUCACACCGUGAAAGUUUACGACUUGCUGAAGCAGGCAUCACCAAAGAAGUAAUAGAUAGUGCGAUUGCAGCAUUCUGUCUUGAAGUAAUUGCAAGACAUGGAGAACCAGCACCGAGAUUAUGCAAUAAAGAUCCUUUGACUUUGAAGAUGGGCUCUUACAUGCUUGAGCUCUUUCCAAACGCUAAAUUUCUCUUUAUGAUCAGGGACGGCCGAGCAACUGUUCAUUCAAUCAUAUCAAGGAAGGUAACGAUAACAGGGUUUGAUCUUUCGUCAUACAGACAAUGUCUUUCACGGUGGAAUCUCGCAAUCUCGUUGAUGCAUGAGCAAUGUAAAGAAGUGGGAUCAAAACGAUGUCUAAUGGUACCUUACGAACAACUUGUGCUGCACCCUCGAGAUUGGAUGAAAAAAAUCCUUAAUUUUCUUGAUGUUCCUUGGAAUGAAUCAGUUCUUCAUCAUGAAGAAUACAUCAACAAACCUGGUGGUGUACCACUUUCGAAAGUAGAAAGAUCAUCUGAUCAAGUAAUAAAGCCGAUAAAUUUGGAAGCCUUAACAAAGUGGGUAGGGCACAUUCCAGAAGAUGUGGUCAGAGACAUGCCUGAUAUAGCUCCAAUGCUUUCUAUCCUAGGAUAUGAUCCUUAUGCAAACCCUCCAGUAUACGGAGCACCUGACAGUGUUGUUAGUGACAACACAAGAAAGGUACUUGCUGAUAAUAAAAAAUGGGCUGAGAUAGUUCGAGAAUUAGAUCUCCAAGAAAGCAUAGUUAUUACUACUGAUGAAACAAAUAACAACACUUAUGCGUGACAACCACAUGAAUUUUUAGGAAUGAAAAAAAAGUUAAUGAUUGAUAUUGACAGCCGUUAAUCUAAGUAACUUUAACAAUCACAUAAAUAAAAAAAAAACAACAAAAUAGUUUGUUUAUAAAUGUGUAUUUUAAAGUGAAUAAAUUAGAUUUUUUUCCAAUUGUCGAGAGAUCUUCGAGAUCAUGUACUGAUAUUUAUAGUUCAGUUGCAAAAUUUUCUUUAUUUUUUUUUAAUAUUAUUGUGAUGGUAAUUUUAAUAACUAAACAAACGGAUUAUUUACAAUUUAAUGGCCAGUUUAAGUUCGCUUUUGCACAGUAAAAAUGAAAGUUCGUGAAAUUUAUAAACGCUUCUUGUUGUAAACUGUUAGAAUAGUUGAAAAGUUAAGAUAAAAUGUAAAACUAAAAACAAAAAAAUAUUAAACUUGGUGCUGUUUUCCAAAGCAUCUGAUGUAAUAAGAAGUUACAAAGAAUUUUUAACUCUUUAAGUAUUAUCAAUUUUUUGUAGAAUAAAACUAUUAUCAAGCUUUUAAAUAUUUGUUUGUAAAAAUAUAGAAUGUAGAUCGAUAAAUAUUUAUAUGUUGCCAUAUUAAGAAUGAAUAAUAUUAUUUCUGAUCGAAGAUUAACGAAAAUUAUGCAAGAAUGUUAUUUGAUGAAAUAACUAAAAAUAUACAAGAACUAACUUGAUUGAAAUUAAAUUCAUAUAUAAUAAUAUUAAUAAUACUAUCUAUUUCCACGCCGAACAUUUUAAAAUCAUAAAAAUAUCAAUAUCAUUAUAAUCCGACGAAUUCUUAAUUGUACAGAAACAAAUGAAUAAUACAUGAUAAUAUUUGCAAACUAUUAUAUAAAGUGUGAGUGUGAUGUACUACAUUUAAUUAUAAAAGUCACUAUGUUUUUUUUAUCAUUAAAUUGUAAGACUUGUUUUUGUCAAAUAUGAUUUAUAUUAUCAAGUGCUUUAAGUAUGAUUUAUAUUAUUAUGAUACUGUGAACAAUUUUUAAUGAAUCUCAAAGUAAUUUGAAUCUUACUACAACAAUUUAAAAGCAUUUUUUCGUGUGACGUAAUACAAUGUUAAUAAUUAAUGUAUAUCUUACUAUAUAAAAAAUGAAUUAUUUUAAUAUAAAAAA